AUGCCGAGGUCUUUUCUUGUGGAUUCCUUGAUUUUAAGGGAGGCCAACGACAAAGGAAACGAGAACAACCCACCUUUAUUCCCUUAUGCCGUGCACACGCCUCACCACCCGCACGGGCUGCCGGGCUCCUGUCACUCCAGGAAAGCCGGACUGCUGUGCUUCUGUCCGCUGUGCAUGACUGCUUCCCAGCUCCAUCCGUCUCCGCCGACCCUGCCGCUCCUCAAAGCAUCUUUCCCCUUCAGCUCACAGUACUGCCACUCAGCACUGUCGAGGCAACACUCUUCAUCCAACAGCGUCAAUCUCAGCCACGGACCGGGGAUAUACCAAGCUGCGUACUCCGUUCCAGACCCCCGGCAGUUUCACUGCAUCUCUAUCGAAAGCAGCAACAGCAAACUUCAGAGCAGCAAGCGCAUGCGCACAGCCUUCACCAGUACACAACUUUUGGAGCUGGAGCGAGAGUUCACCUCCAACAUGUACCUCUCCAGACUCAGACGCAUCGAGAUCGCCACAUACCUGAACUUGUCCGAGAAACAGGUGAAAAUCUGGUUCCAGAAUCGCAGAGUGAAGCACAAAAAGGAGGGAAAGAGCAGCGGCCAAAGGACUGGAUCACAUAACUGCAAAUGCUCAUCCCUGUCAACUGCCAGAUGCUCGGAGGAAGAGGAGGAUGACAUGCCCAUAUCUCCAUCCUCAUCCGAGAAAGAGGACGUGGACCUGUCCGUGUCCCCCUGAGCUGCCCCUGCCUCCAUUAUGAAAGAUUUUGGUCCUCAUGAUUUUGACUACAGCCAAAAAAGACUGUUCCACUCGUGUUCAGUCGUCUGUACAUAGAAAGAGAAUAUUUAAUCAGGGAGUUGCCCUGAAUUAUUGUAUAGCUGUAUACAUGUUGUACGUUUUGUAUGUAGUUUUUUUCUGAAAACGGUCCAUUUGUUGUUGCCAAUCCGAUGAGUAUGAUAGGCAUAUUUGUAAUGACAAACCCAAAUGACAAAAACAAUAUCAACAUUGUUUAUUAGUAUUUUGGGGAAGACAGUAUUUUGUAUACAUGGUGAAUACUGGUUAGAUUCAUUCUAUAUGGAUGGAACUGUGACUUAAAAUAGGCUAUGGAAAGCUGGAGAGAAAUUCCUUCACUGUCACUAC